UUUUCCUGAGUGUGGUUACCAAUGAUAAAGCCCCUCUAUUUUUGGCUCAAAACCUUCCUUUCGGUCAAGUCGAGAUCUCCUCCCUCCUCGGAGUCGGGGUUAAGGAUUAAAGUACCCAUGAAUGACGAAACUUACCGAUAAAGAAAGAAAAACACGGGUACAUCCAUGGCUUACCUUGCACGAAUCUCGAGGUUGACCUACUUUUCAUCGUCCACGACUCUUCCAUCUCUUAUCUUUCCUGCUACAGCAAGCCCACAAUGGUUUGAUUGGACUGUUCAUUCCCCAUUUUGCUCUUUUCGUUCUUUCGGAUCAUACACUGCCAAUUCAGAAGAUGGCAUGGUAGAUCAUCAAGAGUAUCGAAAGUGGAGUAAUGGAGGUGGAUUAUGUCAUAACUCGGCUUGUAUUGAUCCUACAGCAGUUGUCGAAAUUGGAGCUGUUAUUCACCAAAGAGCGACUUUGGGUGCCAAUGUUUAUGUUGGAUCAGGAGUUGUGGUUGGACCUAGUGUCACAAUUGGUCAAUCUACUAGCCUUGGGUACAAUGUUGCACUGAGCAAUUGCUCUAUUGGUGAUUCAUGUGUUAUCCACAAUGGUGUCUGCAUUGGUCAAGAUGGAUUCGGGUUUUUCGUAGAUGAACAUGGAAACAUGGCAAAGAAGCCUCAGGCACUGUAUGUGAGAAUAGAAAAUCACGUUGAGAUUGGUGCAAACACUUGUGUUGAUAGGGGAAGCUGGAGAGAUACGAUCAUAGGAGAUUACACCAAGAUAGACAAUCUCGUCCAGAUAGGCCACAAUGUAAUUAUCGGCAAGAGUUGUCUCUUAUGUGGACAUGUCGGAAUAGCUGGUUCAGCCACAAUAGGUGACUAUGUUACUUUCGGUGGUAGGGUAGCAGUUCGUGAUCAUGUUUCCAUUGUUUCGAAGGUUCGUCUUGCUGCAAAUAGUUGUGUUACAAAGGACAUCAAGGAGCCUGGAGAUUAUGGUGGCUUUCCUGCGGUUCCUGUCCAGCAAUGGCGAAGGCAAGUAGCUGCACUCCGUAUGAACUCUAUAAAGGAUAUACAGAACUCUUGAAUCUUAUUUAUCAUUCCACAUAUGCCGAAGCUAGUAAGGAGGGGGCUAUUAUUAGUCAGUGAAGAUUUGUUUCUGAUGCAUUUGUUUUGUGAGCUAUCGAUGAUUUCUUUUCUCGUACUAAUAUGAGAUUCGCAAGUAUAUGUAGCUACUUGAGGAUUUUGAGGUGCAUCUUAGUCAGGAGAACCGAGAACAACAUGCAUGAAUAUAUGCGACAUAACAAGGGACGGAGGAGUAGCUGAAACCCCGAUUAGGAGGCUUGUCAAUGUAAGAGCUUACUCAUCUUAUACAUAUGUUAAAUUUGUUUUGUGUUCUUGAGUUGUGCACUUGUUUGCAAAACUAACUACAUUAAUGAUAGGAUAUUUUGAUUA